AUGGAGAAGAGCAGGCGAGUGCAAGUGCGACCAAGAAGCUUCACCAGAAAAGAGAUGGAUGCAGCAGAUCUAAGCUUCUUACCUUGUCCUUGCGGAUUUUUCUAUGUCUCUUCUCUAUGCAGAUCAACCAAAAUGAUGGACGUAGCCCACGAUGCCCCGCUUCCCCAAACAAGAAUGAGAAGACAAAGUAGUAACAGUGCUUUGUUUUUUAGUUUUUUCCUUAGUGUGCAAUUGAGAUACUUCUGA